GCCUCACAGGCUCCGCAUCUCGGUCCGUGUCCGGAUCAGGCUCCUCCUCGACUCUAUUCAAGAGCUGCACCGGAAACCAAACUUUUAUCAUCGAACUUUUCUCUCUCUCUCUCUCGCUCGCUCGCUCGCACUCCGAGGCAAAAGAGGAAAUAAAUCGUCAGCCCAGCCUGGUUCCGUAUUGAAGAGCAGCGUUGGAAAUGUUGACAGCAUCGACGCUCGACGCAGAAGCGGCGCGUUUGUGGCCGAGAUAAAGAUCAGCGUCGACGGACUCACAUAACGGACCUGCAUCAUGGAAGAUGAAGUGAAAGCUGAGCUGGUCCAAGGUCAGGAGCUGAAGCUGCAGGGGAAGGCUGGCUGGAUAAAGAAGGCUGUGGGGCGACUCCUGCCCAGCUACAAGGAGCGCUACGUUCAUCUGGAGAAGACAGAGAUCGCCGUGUAUGAGAAUGAGGACUUGAAGAACUGUCUGGAGCGACUGGACCUGGAGAACUAUGACAUGUGUCAGGAACUGAAGAGUCCUUUCAAGAAGAAGCACAGACUGGUCCUCAUCCAUUCUGCCAAGGCGGGAAACAAGGUGCCAGAUAUGAAGUUCCAGACUCAAAGUGCGGAGGAGAAGGAAGCCUGGAUCAAGGCUCUGGCCGAUGGCAUCAAUCGCGCAAAGAACAAGGUCUUCGACGAGAUCAAAGUGGACGAGAGCUGCAACCUGGAUCAUGUCACUCGUUCGAGACCCAAAGGGAACCGUGGGCGGCGGCCUCCCACCAGGAUUCACAUGAAAGAGGUGGCAGACCUGUCCUCUGACGGGAUCCUGCGUCUGGAUCUGGACCUGGAGAAUGCUGUCCUUUCCCCUGGGAACCAACUGAGCGCUGUUGCUGAAGCUGAGGAAGAUGGCAGUAGAGGGGAAGCAGCUGGAGAACCAGGCGAGACUCAGGAAGCCGAGCCCGUCGUCAAGAAGAAGGUGGUGAUGCCACCGAUGCCCCCCAGCAAAGGAACCAAACCCAUUCUGAUACCAGCUGGUGACGAGGACUCGGAGCAGCUCCAUGAGCCUUCACCUCCUGCUCCAGAUGCUGAUGUUUCCAUGAAGGGGGAAGGCGCCGCGGAGACGUCUCCUGAAGCAGUGAAAAAGCCGCCUCCCACUCCCCCGGCUAAACCCGCCAGCAGGUCCACGAGUGAUGAAGUGGAGUCCUCAGCGGCCUCCCACCCUCCCGCUCCUCCACCCACCAACAUGAAACCUUCAUGCACAGAAGACAUGGAGGAAGAAGGAGAAACUCCAGCUGUUCUCAGCGCAGAAGAAGACGCUCUCUCUGACAUCAGUUCCCACAUGUCUGCCUUCACUCCGGAGGAACAUCCUUCAGGUGUCACUGGUGAGGGAGAACUUCCUUCUCCGCCGGAUUCAGAUGAUCUCUUUCCAGAAGCUCAUCUCCCAGUUCCCUCUGUGCUGGUCACCACAUGCGAGCCCAGCCUGAGCCCGCUGCUCUGCCAUCGGCCCGGAGAGAAGAAGAAGUCUGAGGAGAAGUCAGUGGACAGCGGCCAGCACUCGGACUCGGACAGCGAGUUCUCUCUGGACGGGGACAUGCUGGCAGCAUCCACCUCUGCUUUGAGAGGAAGCAGCGCAGGCUUGGAUGCUCUGGACAUCAGCGAGGACCUCAGCAGGAGCCUGGCGGAGGCGCGCCUCACAUCCACUGAUUCAAGCCUCCCAGCUCUGGCACCUUCAGCCAAGACGCGCUCGGCCUCCAGCGGAGACCUGCUCUCCAGCUUCACCAGCCACACCGAGGAGAGCAGAACUAGCAGAGGGGCGGACCAAGACCAAGUCAUGGAGCUGGAGACGGUGCUGUUUGCCGAGAUGGAGAAGACCAGCGAGCUGCUGCGGGUGUCUCGGCGCGUGGGCGAGGGAGAAGUGGCGCCUGAAGACAUUCUGGCCAAGGCCAUGGAGAAGCUGAGGAAGGCCGACCACGUCCUCAGGGAGGUGAAGAAGCUGACUCUGGUGAAGAACAGGAACAGCUGGUGAACCUCCAGUCAAGUUCACCUCCCGCCGUCGGGAUAUUUGUCACGGAGCUGAGCAUCGUUCGUAGCGCUGAACUCUUUGUUAGUGUAGCUUUGUUUAUAUACUAACCUCCUUCUGAAACGCAACCUCAUCCACCUGAGAUGUUCCUUCUCAGACUGGUGAGAGAGACUACUGAACCUUAGACACCAGAACCUCACUGUAGAACUAUCUUGAUCUUCUGAUCUUCUGAGCAAUGUCUGGUUUUCACCAGACAUUGUCCACCUCACUCAUGGAAGUUCUUCUCCCCUGGAGUCCCACCAAUUGCAGGUGGUGGUCCAGACAGAGAAACGAAACGAAACGGCAGAGUCACACCUCCAUAAAUAGCUCCCUAAACAUUUGAUAUUUGCCUUUGAAACCUUGACCUUUGACUGUUCAGCAGGUGCAGACGCUUCAAUAGUGUUGACCUCCAAAAUAAUAGAACCAACCGUCAUCCUGGGGUUCACACUCCUGAUGUUGUUUGUCGGCUUGGAGCUUUUGAAGUGCGACAACAGAACCAGUGCAGGCGUACACUCUAUUGGGGGAUUUGUUCAGGAAGUGAAGGCAAGAUGUAAUGUCUGAGUCAAACCUGAGGCCCACAGCAGCUUGUGUAGUCGAUUUUAAGUGUAGCAAAAACUAGGUGCAUGUUGAUGUCAUGACCUCAGAGAUUUCUAGAAAACGGUGUCACUAAUGUUGAUAUUAUACCUGGAAACUUGUGAUAAAGUCGGAUAGAAGGAGAAAGAGAGUCUCCAGUGUCAUGAAGGAGGAGAGUUUAUAUUAUAAAACUCUCCACAGAGAUGCUGUUGGCUGAAACUAGCCUCCAGUUGUCAAAACGGUACGAUGUUUAGACCCCAGUUUCCUGUUUUUUUUUGGCGACUCCUGUCGACUGGACCCGUAGUUCAGCCUGGGUUUGGGACUGUAGCACUGCUCAGACUCAGUUUGUUUUGGCCCCCAGCUGCGUGAAUGGUCUGGGAGUUGUGGUUUCUGUCGGUCACAUUGCUGCCUCUUCACCACGGCACAUAGGAGCAGACGCAUCUGUUGCCACAGACAGACGUUUCUGAGGCCAGAGCUGAAGUGGUGUGUGAAAAGGAAGAGUGAAAAUGGAACCAGAUAAGUGGUUAAUAAUGCAGUCAGCGUGUGUCAAUGAGAAAGGCCAGCGUGGAGGAAGGUUAGUGGGAAGUGCAGAGGUAUUUUCGCUCACUGUAGGUUCUGUUUUUUCGCCGACAACCUUCUUCUUUUGGAGGUCACAACAGGUGUGCGACCAACCGACCCACCUUCAUGUGCCCACGAGAACCAGGAAGUGGAAGUUUCUUGCUGUCAUUCUUCUAUUUCUAGUCAUUUUUCUCUGCCUCCGCAUUCAUUUGCAUGAAACGCGGGGGAAAAUAAUUCAUAAUGUGCAAUUGUUUGUUGUUGUCGAGCGUCGUUGUGCUUAAAGUUGUCCUGUGUGUACUGUAUGCGUAGCGUUGCGAAGGCGACUGUACUAACAGAUGGGUAUUGAGCAAUGAAUAUUAAAGGAUUUAUACGGAGUAGAAGCUGUAGUGCAGGAGACUGUUGGUUGAGGAGGCUGUAGAAGUGUUGAGCAAUAAAAGGGAUGUCAGGUUUCUGCUACUUUCUUUCAAUGUCUUUUUCUUAGUAAAUGAAAUAAAAAGUAACACAUUUUAUUGGCAUUUGUAGCUGGAAGUCAAGCAGCUUUGAGGAGGCUUGAAACUGCGGUCCACAACAUUCAGGACACGGGGUUCCCCUAGUGGCGUGAUACCAAAAACAAACUCCGAGUAACGGAACCUGGAUGUAAAUGUCUAUGGCUCGAUAUGUCGCGUCAUUCGUUUUUCUUUUUGUUUUCCUCGUUUUAAUGGCUGCUGGUAAUUCUUCGGCUUGAAAAGGUCAAAAUAAAUCCUAGUCAGGCAGCAAACUAGUUAGAGAUUUUGAAAAUAAAUUUGGGAAGUUAAACUGAAACAAAAAUGACUGUACUAUUAAUGAAGUUAGCAUUCAAUGAGCCAGGAAGAAACACACAUUUUCUCACCCCAGGUGACUUGUUUUCACCACCAGAUGCGGACCAGUUGAAUCAUACACUGAUUCUAUGACAGACUGAAGUAGCUGAAUAUAAAAAAUAAAAUGAAAUGAAACCAUCAGGUGGUAAAGGAGCCCCACUGUUGCACUAUAGUAAACAAGUUCCAGCCCUUCAGGGCGAAAAGUGAUGCAAAAGUUCUUCAUUUUUAAACUGUGGUCUACAACGAUAAACGUUUUGAGGAAGGCCGACGACGUCAGGAAACUGUUGUUGCACUCUGGGAGUCCAGUUGAAGAGACUUGAAAAUGACAAGUGCAGAGCCAGUGUGGUUUUAUUCCUCCACAUGUUUACCCUUCUAGUUUCACCCAGAACAGCAUUGAAUAUAAAUAAAAACAGAGCACGUCAUGAAAAAGCAGUUCCAUGAUUCAUCCUGGGA